UAAAGUGAGACACUCACUUAGGUUCCAAUCCCAAUGCAUAUCAGCAUUUGUUUCUUCUUUCAGCCGCCAAACGCGAGAAAAAAGCAACCCUCACGUAACAAUGGAGGCAACAACAGAUUCCCUAGAAUUCCCAAUCGAAUUGCAAUCCAAAGUGUUCCAAGUGCUAAGCUCGAACGACAACACUGCAAUGGAAACGCUAUUCUCUCACCUCUACUCUCCGCAGCACCAGCACAGAUCCCAAGCACUCGCGUUCCUCCAAUGCUGCAAGCGCCACCACCCGGAUCUCCUCUUCAUCAAACUCUUCUUCCUCCUCCGAUGCACUCCCCUCCCGGAGACACGCGCCAACGCCGCACGCGCCCUCCUCCUCCUCAAUCCCGCAGACUUCUGGCCCAACCUCAAGCCCAUCGCCCAGGCCCGCCUCAAGGCCCACUUCCUCACCUUCCUCGCCCUAGAGCCUUCCAUCCACGUCCUCCGCCUCGCCUCUCUCCUUCUCGCCGAAACCCUCGCCGCCACCUACAAAUCGCAUCAAACGUGGCCUGAGAUGCUCGACUUCUUACUCUCCUCCCUCGCCUCAAACGACGACAAGCUCCGCGAGGUCGCCGCAUUGGUCCUCGCCAAGCUCCCAAACGACUCCCGUUUCCUCGUCUCCAACGCGUUCAGGGAGAAACGCAGCGCCCUGCGUCCUCUCCACGCCGCGUUUCUCGCCGCCCUCGCCUCCUCCAAUCCGGACGUCCAGGUCGCCUCAUUCGCGGCCGUCGUUGGCCACAUCCGCCUCUUCUCCGACCCGGCGCUCUUCCACGAGCUCCUCCGCGCGGUCAUGGUCGGCGUCUUCGCGCUCCUGCAUGUCUUCGAAGCCACCUAUUUCCGAAGCGCGUUCGCGGAGCUGGUGAACCUUGUGUACCGUGAGCCUCUGCUUCUGAAGCCGUACAUGAACGAUAUGGUCCUGGACGUGCUGCAGAUCGCCGAGAGCGGUGGUCUGAGCAAGGAAACGCACCGUUUAGCGUUUGAGCUGGUGGUGGCCAUGACUGAGGUGAAGGAGUAUGAGCACGUGUUUGUCAACCUUCCAAACUCCACUGCCCGGAGGCUGUUAUGUGUUCCGAUGAAGAUGCUGCUGUGUGUCGGAGAGAACGGUAGUGGUGGUGGUGGUGGUGACAGUGUAUCGGAAGGAGAGAAGGUUGUUGACGUUUAUGGAUUCGGGAUGAAGUGGUUGAAGAAGCUUUGUGUUGCACUCGGAGCGAAUAAAGCGGUGCCUGCUGCGUAUGAAGUGUUGCGGCUUCACUUAGACAAUGCCCAAUGGAAUAUGCGCCAUGCAGGAAUCACAAUGCUCAGUAUCCUGGCUGAAGAAUUCUCCGAUGAACUGGUAUUGAUGGACAAUUUUCUAGGUGAAGUGGUGACCAAAGUUUUGAAGUCAAUCCAAGACUCACAUAUUCAAGUUCGGUUAGCAACUUUCAAAUUUAUGGAGACUCCUACUAACUUUGUUCAGGCGGUGCAUAUCCUUUACCAUCAUAAACUCGUGCAUGCUUUUUGCAUGGCGCUCGACAAUGAUCAAGACCAUAAAGUGAAGGAACAAGCUGUCUCAGCAAUGCUAUUCUUUCUAAAGAACACCUUGCCAGAAAGCUUAACACUGAACAAGAAUGGGGAUAUUUUAAUGAGCAAAUUGUUGCCAUUGCUUCAGGGUAAAGAAAGUGCUAAGCAAAGAAGUAUUGCUUUGUCAAUUUUAAACAUAGUUGCUCAACGGUGUCAUGAAGUGGCUCACAAGUACUGUGCAACCUUUCUUCCCAUCUUAUUGGAAGCAUGCAAUGAUGAGAAUUCUGAAAUCAAUGAGGAGGCAGCACGGGGAAUUCGAAUUUUUGCAGAGCUUGGAACACCGCAGUUGAAGCCUUUUGUCAAUAGGAUAUUGUUAGAACUCGGUGUUUUGAUGAACCAUCCGAAUCGAUCACUUUCAGAGAAUGCAAAAGCUCAUGAUAUUGCAGUUUCUGCUCUAGGAAGAAUUUGUGAAGUCCAUCGUGAAUGCAUUGAUGGUUCUAAGAUUGUUCCAGCCUGGCUAAGUUUCUUGCCACUUGAAAAUGAUUUGAUCGAAGCCAAAGUUAUGCAUGAACAACUCUGUUUAAUGGUUUCAAGAUUAGAUAAGGAUCUUUUAGGAUCUGGUAAUCAAAACCUUGUCAAGAUUAUUGUAGUGUUUCUUGAGAUUAUAGACAAGGGUGACAAAUUAGCUACAGCAGAAACAAUGGAGCAGGUGAAUUAUUUGCUGAGGCUGCUUGUGCAGCACAUUCCACGUAGUGUGCUUGACACGAUUUUAUUAUCUCUGAAUGCUCAGCAACGGGAAUUACUAUUGACUUUGGUAUCCUCCUAGUUUUUUUAUUACUUGGAAGGAAAUUUAAAGAGAGAAAAAAUGUAUAAUCUUCCACAGGAAGAAAAAUUGUAGUUUUAUUUCACUGUUGAUUCUGCAGUUGUCAUAUGCAGAAAGAAAUAGGUUGCGACAUUACUUUCUGCAAUCUCCCUUGCCACAAAUAUUGUAAUUGUACUAAAUGAAGA